GAUGGAGACGAUACCGGAUCCGCAAGAUCUCCCACCAGACCCACGUCUCCCUGGCCAACAGCCCCGAUACUCACGCGAUAACAUUGUUGACUCGCUGGCGUCUUUUUACCAGAGCCUGCCUCAUGUUGACCCAUCUCUGGUGCGUCGCGCUCCGCCGGGAGGCUGGCCAGAAAUCACGGCUGAAUCGCUCGCGGCCGCUGGGAUGCGGUCUUUGCCUGAACGCACCCUCGAAUUGAUCAGACACUUGCCGUGUAUCGACGGCGACCCUGUUUGGAUCACGCCCGAGACGUUUCCGAUUAACUACUGUACCGCUGUGAUACUCAUCCCUGCUACUGUGGUGUACAAGCCCAAAUGGCUGCCCCUUCUGCGUCACGAUCUUCAGUCGUCUGAUGAGUUUCCACCUUGGGUGUUUCAGCUCACUAUGAGUGUGAACAGAGAUGGCGACAUCUGGAUUCGAGACACCAUGGACGGCACGGUGACCAAAUAUAUUAUUGCUGGGCCUAUUUAUCCUGAGCCGGUAGGGACGUAUAAUGAGGGCGAUCCACGGAUGUGGAGAGAGAAGUUGUGCGAUGCUGUUACUCUUCCACUGGAAUCGUGAUUGAAGGGAAUACUCGAAAAGUACAAGAAUCUUUCUUAUUUUGGUCUCCCUCGCCAUGAAUGGCCUGGUCUCCUUUGGCGUGAUGGGGGAUGGAGCAAGGAAAUACAGGUGUGUCGCUUCACUCUCGGCCUAACGGGAACCUACUGACUUCUGGCAAGGAAAUCGAGGUGAUUAUGCUCCAAAAUGGAUGGCCGGAAGAUUACAAUGGCAAAGAAGGCUGCAAGAAGUUAGCGGAAUGGCUGAGGCAGGCAGACAUAUAAUAUAUGAAUCAUUGAUGAUGCAGGCACAAGCAGAGGCAAUAACAUCAUCAUAUGAUGAUUUUCAUCAGGGUUGUAAACCGCAGUGUAAGCCCAGUUACAUUAACACCAGGAUAUAUAGGGAUAUCAGAGUC